UCUGUUUCUGUUUCUAAAAUGAAUUUGGAUGGUGGAAACGAUAGCUUUUUUUCUUUUGGCUCUGGCCUAUGUGCUUGUAUAUUGAGUGUGUGUUCUUUUUUCUUCAUUAUUUAGUUGGGUCUUUUACCUUCGAAUCUAUCUAUCUUGUUUUUUACGUUUUUUGGUUCCAUUCUUUCUUGUUCAUUAACUACCAUUAUUAUCAUUCUCAUUGUUUACUGAAUAAUAUCUAUUUUGCUCUUGUUAUUGGGUCCCUACGGGACAAGUAAUUGAUCGGUAAACCUCAACAUAUAAUGAUGAUGAUGAUGAAAUUAUUGAUUUUGUUUGGAUAAAUUUUAUUUGAGGCUCAAUCGUCUUGAUUAUUUGUCCAUUUGUCGAUUGUUGGUCAUAUAAACAAACAUUAUUGAAAUUCAACCAGAUGAAUAUAUUUUCAUAAAUUUAUAAUAAUGAUAUGAUGAUGAUGAAAUGCACUACCACCAGCAUAAGACCAUAGGUCAAGUCAAAAUCGCGAAAACAGUCAUUUGAUUGCUAUUUCAUUGUCAUAAUUUGGCUUAUACUAUUGACGCCAUCACAAUCGAAUCAUCAACACACACACGCAUAGUCAACCUUUUGAAACCAAAUUUUUGUCGUUUUCAUCGUCAUCAUCCAUAAACCAAAAUCAACAACCACCACCAUCACAACAAACACACAAUUAACAAGUAAAUAGUCAUUGUCAAAACAACAACUAGUGUGUGUCGUCAUCAUCAUCGGUUAUAACGAUUAACAUAUUGAUUGAAUUGAACAAUCUGAUCAGACGAUCUAUAUAAAUUUAAUCGAAUAUAUAAACUAACCCUCUCUUGUGAAGUCAUCAUCAUCAUCAUUCUCUUGAAUCUCAUUCUCAUAAUAAUCCAAUUAAAAACCAUCAUUCUCACUAAAUAAAGAUGGAAGUACAUGUGGCCAAGAAAUAUCGGCUCGGCCAUAAAAUUGGUUCGGGUUCAUUCGGUGUCAUCUAUAUUGGAACAAAUAUAACGACCAAAGAAGAUGUAGCCAUCAAAUUAGAAGAUGUCACUUCGAAACAUCCACAACUUCAUAUCGAAAGUAAAUUCUAUCGUGUUAUGGCUGGUGGAAUUGGAAUUCCACAGCUAAAAUGGUUCGGUACCGAAGGCGAUUAUAACAUCAUUGUGAUGGAUUUAUUGGGUCCAAGCCUAGAAGAUUUAUUCAAUUUUUGUAAUCGCAAAUUUACAUUGAAGACUGUAUUACUAUUAGCCGAUCAAUUGAUUAGUCGUAUUGAAUUCAUACACAGUCGUGAUUAUAUACAUCGAGAUAUCAAACCGGAUAAUUUUUUGAUGGGCCUUGGUGAUCGAGGCAAUCUCGUAUACAUAAUCGACUUUGGUCUUGCCAAACGUUAUCGUGAUCCAAAAUCUCGCCAACAUAUUCGAUAUAGAACUGGGAAAAAUCUCACUGGUACAGCACGUUAUGCCAGUCUCAACACUCAUCUAGGAAUCGAACAAAGCCGUCGUGAUGAUCUAGAAUCUCUAGGCUAUGUUCUCAUGUAUUUCAAUCGUGGUUCACUUCCCUGGCAAGGUCUAAAAGCCAAUACGAAACGUCAAAAAUAUGAACGCAUUUCAGAGAAGAAAAUAUCGACCACAUUAGAAGAAUUAUGUCGUGGUUAUCCGGCCGAAUUCAUAGCCUAUCUUACUUACUGCCGUGAAUUACGUUUCGAUGAAGACCCUGAUUAUGUUUAUCUUCGAUCAUUAUUACGCGUAUUAUUUCAUCGGCAAGGAUUUAGCUAUGAUUAUGUUUUCGAUUGGAACGUUCUCAAAUACGGAAAUGGUAACAAUUACCAAAAUAAUCGACAAGCCGGUCCACAACGAACACAAGCAUCGAAUAAUCAUCUCAUGUCAAGUGGUAAUUGUUGUAAUAUGACCACCCAGGUGAUUGGCAACAAUUCUAACACGACAUUAUCGCCUAAUGUUACUCCAUUGAACUCAAAUUCAUUACAAAUCAAAGCAACGACAAGCGGUCCGUCUGGUACUGUACCAGCCGGUGCAGGUAUUGGACCCGGUAAUCAUAGUGGCCUAGUUGGUGGCCCUAGUUCCUCACAUAUGCAUCCAUCGGUACCAUUGAAUUUAACGUUGAAAAGCGUCAUACAGUCAUCAGCGGCAAUGAAUAUGGCCGCUGCACGUCAAACACCAUUGGCAGCACAAGCAUCAUCAAGUGGUAUGCAAUCUGCUGGUGCUGUAGGAGGGGCUGGUGGUGGUCCUGGUGGUGAUCCAUUACAUUGUACAAACUCCACGGUUGCCGGAUCAUCGAAUGGACAACAUUCAUUAUAUCGUAAACCACACAAUGUCCAUAUAAUGCCACCGACACAUUCAUCGAUUCGAAACUUGACCAUCUAUCAGAUGUCGAACAAAAACAAUCAUUGUACAACGGCAGCAGCAGCGGCGGCCGCUUUCCAAUCGAAUGGAGCGCUACAAACGAAGCAAUAAUUUUUCAAAUUUCAUUUCAUCAAUCCACAUUCACCAAUCAAUAUUGAACACUUUCAUCGAUCCUCAAACUAAUUAAUGAAAAUAUAUAUACGGCGAUAUCAACUCGACACACACACACACACGAAUACCUACCUUCAUCAUCAUGUUAUUAUUUUCAUGAUAACGUAAAAUGUCAUGUUUUUGAUCUUUAUCAUUUCUACCAAAUAUCUUAACAGUGAUCGGUCGUCAUCCUCAUCCUCAUCAUCAUUAUCAUUAUUAAGCAAUUUAAUUGGUGGUCACAGCUCUACAUUUUUAUUUUACAAUCUUCAAAUGUGAGCUUCAAUCACCAUAAUCUCUCAUCAUGUAUAUCUGUGUGUGUGUGUGUGUGUUUGUGUGCGUCCAUAAGGAUUUUGGUCGUUUGCUUUUUCAUGAUCAUCUCGGUUUCAAGUUCAUGAUACAUUUGCGUGCCUAUCAUUCAUAUUCACUCAUUUAUGAAUAUGGAAUCGCAAUUUCACUUUCUUUCUUCAAACCGACCCCAUAACACUCAUUUUAUUAUACCGAUCCUCUUUCAAAUUGAACUUGAAAUUUUAAAAUAAAAAAUAGUCUAGGCAAUGAAAUUUGAAUUACAUCAUCAUCACAAACAUACCCACACCCACUCAUGCAUAUAUUAUACAGACAUAUUCAUCUUUUACAAAACAAAAUUUUUUUGCUUUCCAUUCUUUGAGACAUUAAAAUAACCAAUAUUCUUGAAUGGAUUGUUUUUUGCUUUUUCGUCUUUAAAUGUGGGUGGGUAAGUGGCUGAAUGUCAUACAUCGUUCGACAGGUAUUUUUUCCAUUACGAAAUCGAUUGUAAAUGAAAUUUCCAACUUUGCUUUUGUUUCUGCUACAAAAAAAUACAAUAUACAUACGGUCAUUUACACUUUAGGAUUUCAAUUUUUAACAUUACCAUUACUAAAAAUAUAUUCACAUAUAUUAUCAUCAUUACAAAAAACAUUCGUCAAUUUUGUUUUUUUUUGUUUUUUUUUCCACCAACCAUACCGCUCCUGUAAACACAAGCACAUUUUUACAUGAUUCAAGUUUGAUCAUCAUCGUUAUCAAUUAACAAUUGGCAAUUGAUGAUACACACAGUCCAGUACAAACACAAUGAUUAUAUUCGAUAUUGUUGCGUUUUCACUCACAAACAGUAUACAUACAUUUUACCCCGAAUCACGAGCUUCAAAUCAAUCAUCUAACGAAACAAAAAAUGAUUCACAUCGAUCGAUAUUAUUAGGAUAAACAUGUGUUGUGUUCAACAACAAAAAUUCGUUCCAAAUUCGAAUAUAUUUCAACCAAGUCCGCUUCAAUUAUUUUUCAAUUCUGUUUAUCCGUCUUUCACCUGAUGAUAAUCUCUUGUCCACGAUGUUUUUUCAGCGGCAACCAUCACCCAUAAAUUCAAUCAUAAACAUCUCUCUCCGUGUCUGUGUUUGUGUGAUUAUUAAUUCAAAACUAUCAUCAGCUAUAACAAAAUGACCGAGUUCGACCAUCAAUGAUGACGACGAUCAACCAAAAUUCCCAGUCGAUUUAUAUGGAACAUACACAUCACACACAUGCACAUUUUACACCUUAUUUCCUGUAUGUUUAACCCUUUUCUACCCGUCCCUGUAUCAUGUUUCCCUAUUUCCAUAUUCGUUUUUAUUUUGUCCUAUCCAUUAUUAUCAUUAUCAUAUGUUCCAUGUUAUCGACACACUAUCUUUUUAUUUGCAAACAACAACCAAUAUUGAUUAAAAUUAUCUUCAUCAUCA